AACCAUAGUAAACCGUAGCAGCAGGGAGCGCAGCAGCAGUGCGCGCAGCAGCAGCGGCGUAGCAGCAAUCAGCGCAGCAGCAGCGGCGUAGCAACAGCGGCAUAGCAGCAGGGAGCGGGCUGCGGGUUCCUGAGCCAACACAUGGCGUCGCUUCGCCAUUCCAACCGCCUUCUCCGCUCGCUCCUCUCCCUCCGCCUCCCAUCCACCCCGCUCGCCCGCUCCCUUCCAAACCUCCCCACCCGUCCCUACCACCACAUUCCCGCGAAAUUCUCUUCUCCAUUCCCCGCAUCGCGCCGUCUCGAGGCCCCGUUACCAUCCCGCCCGUUUGCGCUCUCGCACCGCCCUCUCACAACCGCUUCGGAAAGUACAGGCGGCGCCGGCCGCGGGUUUGACGGAGAUUCGAGAUCCGAUCCGCGUAUCGGAUCUUCGAGCCGCCUGGUUUCCGCGAGGGAGGUUUCUGCGAGUGACGCGGAUGUAGCGGGGGGAAUCUCGGACCGCAAAAGCGACACGUCAGCUCCAGCGCGUCAGAUCCGCUUGAGUGACGUGGAGGGAGGAGGAGAGGAAGCAGCGGAGCCGAAGCUUCGCGAAAGCAGUGUGGUUGAUGACGAGAACGAGGAGGAUGACGUGGAUGAGGGGAAAGGCCGGCCGUUUGCGCUGGCGAACGCAGACGCCAUCAGUGCUGACGUGGCGGAGCUGACAUCAGCGUUGGAGGAGGAGGAAAAGGAGUUAGGGUUAGGGUUAGGGCUGGACCCCGAGUUAGACGUGGAGGGUAUGGAGCAUAUAGUCGAGAUGGGGAGGCGACUCGAGGGCGUGCCGCGGCGCGUCCAGCGAUUCAUGUUCGAAAAGAUGCUCAAAGUGAAGCCUGGCAGACCGCCGUCCAUGCAGAGGUUGAAGCGGCAAUUCCAGAUGCGAAUAGUGGACAUCAACCGCACCGCCAAAGUCACCAAGGGCGGCAAGGUGCUGAGCUUUACAGCCUUAGUGGUGUGCGGCAACGGGCACGGCACGGUGGGGUUUGGCAAGGGCAAAUCCGCAGAGAUGGGGCUCGCUGUGGAUAAGGCCUACCUGCGUGCAUUGAGAAACCUGCACUACUUUGACCGCUUCAGGGGGCGAACAAUUGCCGAGGCUCAAAUGGCCAAAUAUGGAAAGACUAAGGUGUACAUGUGGCCGGCACGCAAGGGGUCGGGCAUGAGUGCGGGGAGCACACUGGCAGGCAUUUUGAGACUAGCUGGCUUCCAGGCGGUGAAGACUAAGGUGAUCGGCUCACGGCAUCCCCACAACACUGUCAAGGCAGCCUUUCAAGCCCUUAGCAUGGUAACGGCAAAAGCAGAAGCAGGCCAGCACCAACCACUUCAUAUCUCAACUUGACCGGAUUCAUUCUUUGCCAAGUGUGUAACCCUCCACCAAUUUCUGACAAACCUUGCAUCUGGUCUGGUCCACAUUCAGCUAUCAAAUUCUCAAUUUCGAUACAAUCAAGGUGUCUCACUGGUGCUAAGUGCCUAGGCUGACAGGAUACGUAUUUUAGAUAUAGUUGUUGUGAAGGGAAUGUCAAACAUAUAAUGAAUAUGUCUAAUAGGCCAGAUAGGUGUGUACUCUUAGAGGGUACAACACUUGACAAAACCAACCUGUUUGCCUCUUUCU